AUGCUGACCACACUCCUCUUCGUUGGGGCACUUUUCACGCUCACCAAUGCAGAAUUCACUGUGAGGGUCCUGAAGGAAGAGGACGGAGUUGUAACAGGAAUAUUCACAGACUCUCUGCUGUUGAGUCUGCCGCCAUGUUCCCUGGAAGGACAGAAUGUGAGUCUGGCAUACAAUGAUAGCAACAACAAGAGCUGGAUCUUGGAACACAUAUUUAUAGUGCCCUCAUGUGGGAACAUGACAGGUACUGGGAGAGAAGGACACUUGGUCACAAGCAACAUCGGAUUAUACAAAGUGUCUGAUCUGGCUAGUGGAACUAACUAUAGUUUCCAGUACCACACUGAUUUAGAGAAGAGCAAUGUUGUGACAGCUUCUACAAGAUCAGCACAGGACUAUAGUGGAAUAGACACUGUUCUUCCAGCACGGAGUGGAUCCAUGAUCGUCAUUACUGUGAUAUUGUCUGUUGCCAUGGCAUUUCUGCUGGUGGCCCUUACUAUCACCAUUGUCUUAUCAAAUGAUGAGGACUGA